CAAAGACAAUUAGGACCUGCUAUUCAAGAAAGGAAUGAGCUACUGGUUUCUAUUCGCACGGACAUCGAUAUAACUCCACAAUUGGGUAGACAUGUUCACGCCAAUUUCCUCAAGGAGCCACCUUCGACGAAUGUCAACAAGUAUUCAUUGAUCCUACCAUCCAAACACCAAAGCGAGGAACAAAUCUUGAGGGGGAACCCAGCUAAUAUCACCAUAAUAGUCUCUAACACGCCUUUGGUCGAAGUAAGCUCCAUAAGACGACAAAAAUUUGUGUCUCCGUAUCCUUCUCCUAAUAUAAAAGAGGCCAAGUCGCCAGUCGAAGGUAUUCCCAACGAUAAUCUUAGGGAGAAUAAGCCCAAAGUUGAACAGGAUACGAAGCGUAUAGUUCCCGAAGGAAUCAAACAGGAAG